UCUGCACUUCCUCUUUUUUUCUUUCUUUCUUUCUUUUGAGUAAAGCAGGAACUUUUUGGACUGUGUUUGGGGAUUUGACGGAGUCAUCUGGGUCGUGGAGUGCUUGGACUGAGGUGGGCUUGGAGGUGUUGGGUGAAAGGUGGUGUUUGAGUUGAACUGGGGCACUUCUUGUGCGGGGCAAGUAAUAUGGGUGAUGACAACAAGUCCGGGAUAGCUGGGGUUAUGGGGAGCACUAGUCGAGAAAGAGAUCGAGAGCUUCUAAUUCCCGUCGCUGAUUCUGUUGAUGCUGACGAUGACUCCUCUUCCAAGCCCUCUUCUUCUGCUUCCUCCUCUCAUCAUCACUCUGGCCGGGAGACCUUCUACAAAGUCAUUAGGAGCUGGGCUUCCAAGAAAUUCAUGACAGGAUGUGUCAUUCUUUUGCCAAUAGCUAUUACGUUCUAUAUCACGUGGUGGUUUAUCCAUUUCGUUGAUGGAUUUUUCUCGCCCAUCUAUGCACAGCUUGGAAUUGAUAUUUUCGGCCUUGGAUUUGUUACAUCCAUCACUUUCAUUUUCUUGGUCGGAGUAUUCAUGUCCUCAUGGUUGGGGGCAUCUGUUUUGAGCCUUGGAGAAUGGUUCAUCAAGCGCAUGCCCUUUGUUCGUCAUAUUUACAGUGCUUGCAAGCAAAUUAGUGCUGCCAUAUCUCCAGAUCAAAACACCCAGGCAUUCAAGGAAGUGGCCAUCAUACGGCAUCCACGCAUAGGUGAAUAUGCGUUUGGCUUCAUCACUUCAUCUGUCAUUCUCCAGAAUUAUUCUGGAGAGGAAGAACUAUGCUGUGUGUAUGUCCCAACAAACCAUCUCUACAUUGGUGACAUAUUUCUGGUGAACUCCAAUGAAGUUCUUAGGCCAAACUUGUCUGUCCGAGAAGGAAUUGGUAAACUGUGGUCAUUGUUGAUCUUUGAGGAGUUUGCAAGAAAAAACAUUGAAUUUACACUCUAG